AUGGAACACAUAGGUCUCCGUGCAUCAGAUCGUCACGCAAGGCACGAAGACCCGUUCCAGGAUUAUAUCGGCCUUGAGAGCAUAACAGGAACAUCUGAAUAUUCUAAUUUUGAACUGAACAACUCAUCCGAUUCUUUUUUCCCAGAAAACAACAACGACGACGAGCCCCCAAAAAUGGAUUCCAAGCAAGCCAAGGUGAUCCUCGUUUUGAAGAGAUUUGUGAAGUUCAUUGGACCAGGCCUAAUGGUCUCUGUGUCUUACAUGGACCCUGGAAAUUUCAGCAGUUCCAUUUCCUCUGCCCAAUUCCAGUACAAGCUCCUGUUCUCGCUCAUUGUGUCCAAUAUGAUGGCUGGGUUCAUGCAGAUCCUGGCCAGCAAGCUUGGAAUCUGUACCGGCCAGGACCUGGCUGCCAACUGCCGCCAGCACCUGCCGAAAUACGUGAACCUUGUCAUCUACGUUUUUGCAGAGAUGGCCGUUGCAGCCACAGACAUGGCUGAAAUUAUUGGUACUGCCGUCGCAUUUAACAUUCUCUUUGGUCUCCCAUUGCUGGGCGGUGUCAUGCUGACGACUCUGGAUGUUCUUUUUGUUUUGCUUGCAUACAGGCCCAACGGGCCACUUGUCGUGGUCCAGGUCUUCGAGGCUGCCGUGGGGUGUCUAGUUUUAGGCACGGUCGCCUGUUUUAUCGUCGAGCUCGUGAACGUUUCUCCUACAACCAACUGGGGAAGCGUUUUCCGCGGGUUCCUGCCUUCCAAAGAGAUCUUCACUAAUACCAAAGGUCUCUACCUCACCGCUGCGUUGCUGGGAAGUAACUUGAUGCCGCACUCGUUGUAUUUGGGUUCUGGAGUUGUCCAGGCACGUAUGAAGGCUUUCGACAUGAAACGUGGCUUGUACACCCCACCAAUGGCGAAGCAGAAGAAAAAGGGUUUACUUUGCAACACCAUCGAGGGAGAUACUCAGGAUUUGAGAUACAUCCCGUCGAUGGAGGCGAUCAACGGGACCAUGUCGUACAUCAUUGCUGAGAUGGUGAUUUCGCUGAUUACUGUUGCACUGUUUGUCAACGCUGCCAUUCUGAUUGUCGCCGGCAGUGCGCUGUCGCAGCCAAUGGACGACGACGGAGACGGAGUCCUGGAAAAUGCCGAUCUGUUCACCUUGCACUAUCUUCUUUCGAGUCAACUGUCAAAAGCUGCAGGAACAGUUUUUGCGCUGGCUCUAUUGUGCUCUGGUCUGUGUGGCGGUACCGUGGUCACCAUUGCCAGCCAACAAAUCAUGGAGGGACAUGUGCGCAUCUCCAUGCAUCCUGCAAUCAAGCGUAUCAUCACACGUAUCAUUGCCAUCACUCCAUGCAUUGCGGUUGUUACCACUCAGGGAAGAGAGGGCCUGAGUAAAGUUUUGAACGCGACCCAGGUUGUUCUGUCGCUGCUGCUGCCUUUCAUCAGUGCGCCGCUAGUGUACUUGACCUGCAAAAAAAGUAUCAUGCGCGUUCUUAUCAGCGGAACGGAACCUACGCAGGAAUCGGGAGAAAACAUCCCUAUGGAUGAUAUCUCCAGCGGCAACAACAGCACGAUUGACCUGCUCUCCGACACCGAGAACACGAUGACGUCAGACCAUUCUCUGCGCUCCCACGAGGUCCGCGACCUCCAGGAGUCGCAGCUGGACGACACCACGGACCUGCCAAAGUACAAGGACAUGAGCAACAACAUAGUCACCGCCGUGGCGGGUGUGAUUGUGUGGCUGGUCAUCUCGCUCAUGAACUUCUGGCUGCUGAUCAGCAUGGCCAUGGGCAAGGACGUGGACUAG